UCGAAGCGACGCGCUUGCUCGCUUGGUUUUGUGGAUUUUUAGUUUUCGGCAAAUUGUUUGCCCUUUGUAUGGUGAAUGGUAAUCAGUGAAUUCAGAACAUCUAAUCUAACAGCUAAAGAAUAAACCAUGACAACUUUAAACCCCAAGAAGGACGGGGGUCCAAAUGCGGAGUUCUUCCAAUCACCGGAGACCUUAGCGCAAUUUGAUCAGAUUCGUGUUUGGUUGCAAAAGAACUGCAAAAAGCAUGUCCAAACUGAUCCACCAACUAAAGAAGGGCUGGCGCAGCUCGUUAUACAGCUUAUUCAUUACCAAGAGAACAAAUUGGGGAAAAAUGCAGCUGAUCCACCAUUUCUGCGGCUACCGAUGAAAGUGUUUAUGGAUCUCAAACCUGGCGGUUCGCUGUGCACGGUGCUGGCCACCAUGUUCCGCUUCAAGUCGGAGCAGCGGUGGCGCAAGUUCGACUUCCAGGUCGGUAAGAACCCUUCCCGCAAAGAUCUCAAUGUGCAAAUGAUGAUGGAGAUAGAGUCGGCUCUGCUGUCCGCUGAGGUGAUACGGACACCGUGCAUUUACAUACGGCCUGAUGUGGAUAAGGCGACCGCUAACAAAGUCAGAGACAUCAUUGUGAACCACCAAGGAGAGAUUUGUGAAGACGAAGAAGAGGCGACGCAUAUAAUCUACCCGGCAGCGGACCCGCUGGAGGAGGAGUUCGCGCGGCCAGUGUUCCGGCGCGGCGGGCACGUGCUGGUGCACUGGUACUACCUGCCCGACAGCCACGACACGUGGGCCAGCGCCGACCUGCCGGUGGACGUGCCCGAGUCAGUGAGCUGGGAGUGCUCGCGCGCGGAGCCGUGGCGCGUGUCGGCGACGUGGGCGCUAGACCUGCCGCAGUACAACGAGUGGAUGAACGAGGAGGACUACGAGGUCGACGCCAACGGCAAGAAGAAGAUACACAAGUUACGCCUGUCCGUGGACGACCUGAUGCCGGGCGCGGAGCCCGCGGGCAAGAGCAAGAAGGGCAAACGGAAGCGCUCGCCCUCGCCGCCGCCUCAGAAAAACAAGAGGAAGAGUCGCGGAGCCAAGCGUCGUGAGAAUGAGGUGGAUGAGGAGGAAGAUACGUCACGUGACACCGCCGACGCCGCGCCGCCGCCCGAGCCCACGCCCGCACCAGAACCGGCCGCUACAACGGCCCCGGCGACACCCGCGCCGGAGCCCGAGGCGCCUGCGACGCCGGCGCCCGCGCUAGACCUGCACGACGACUCCCAGGGCAAACACAGCGACUCCAACACACAGGAGAUGCUGACUAAAGACGAGACGGAGGACAACGUGACAGACCAGACGCACCACAUCGUAGUGCCGUCCUACUCGGCGUGGUUCGACUACAACUCCAUACACACGAUCGAGCGCCGCGCUCUGCCGGAGUUUUUCAACGGCAAAAACAAGUCUAAGACGCCCGAGAUAUAUCUCGCCUACAGGAACUUCAUGAUCGACACAUACCGUCUCAACCCGACCGAAUACCUGACGAGCACGGCGUGCCGGCGCAACCUGGCCGGCGACGUGUGCGCCAUCAUGCGCGUGCACGGCUUCCUGGAGCAGUGGGGCCUCGUCAACUACCAGGUGGAAGCAGACGCGCGUCCAACAGCUAUGGGCCCCCCGCCCACGUCACACUUCCACGUGCUGUCCGACACGCCGUCCGGCCUGCAGCCACUGCAGAACCGCCUGCCGCAUCCACGACCCGUGGAGAACGCGGCCGUGCCGAAGGUCGAGGCGGGUCUGCCGAACGGCACGGAGGCGGGCGCGCCCAUCAAGACCGAGCCAGCAGUGGUGAAGGCCGAACCGCCGAUAGAGCUCGGCACCGCGCCUGGACUUAAGAUGGAUCAGUACCGCGGCGGAGCUCGCGGGCGCGAGUGGACGGAACAGGAGACGCUAUUACUUCUCGAGGCGCUGGAGAUGCACCGCGACGACUGGAACCGCGUCGCCGCGCACGUCGCCAGCCGCACGCACGACGAGUGCAUCCUGCACUUCCUGCGCCUGCCCAUCGAGGACCCCUACCUCAACGACGGCGCCGGCGGUGUGCUCGGUCCGCUGGCUUACCAGCCGAUUCCGUUCAGCAAGACCGGCAACCCCGUGAUGAGCACCGUCGCCUUCCUCGCGUCCGUCGUCGACCCGCGCAUCGCGUCACGAGCGACUAAGGCGGCUAUGGAGGAGUUUGCCGCUAUCAAGGACGAGGUGCCAGCGGCCAUGAUGGAGGCGCACGUGAAGGCGGCAGGCGCGCACGGCCCCGCCGCCGCGCUCGCCGCCACCGGCAUCGCUGGCACCGCGCCGCCGCCGCCGCCUGCGCCCGCACCAGGCGAGAAGAAGGACGGUGAGGUGAAGAGUGAAAAUAUGGAGGUGGAAGGUGAGGAGGUGAAGGUGAAAGACGAGCCCGAAGCCGCCCCCGAAGACAAGGACGCCAAGGAUGAGGCCGAGCCCGCAUCAGCAGAGGAAGCCACAGUGGUGGACGCGAAGCUGCAAUCGGCAGCGUCAGCGGCGCUAGCAGCGGCCGCGGUUAAGGCGAAGCAUCUAGCCGGAGUUGAGGAGCGAAAGAUUAAGUCGCUAGUAGCGCUGCUCGUUGAGACGCAGAUGAAGAAACUCGAGAUCAAGUUGAGGCACUUCGAGGAGUUGGAGGCUACUAUGGAGAGGGAGAGAGAAGGUUUGGACUACCAGCGGCAGCAGCUGAUCCAGGAGAGGCAGCAGUUCCACCUCGAGCAGCUGAAGGCGGCCGAGUUCCGCGCACGCAAUCACGCGCUGCAGAGGUUGCAAGCGGAGUCGGGUGGCGCAGUCCCCGUACCGGGUGCGGUGCCGGCGCCGGGCGGGCCGGGCGAGGCUCCGCCCCCAGACGCGGCGCACGCCCCGCCCCACCCGCCGCACGUCCCGCCCCACACGCCGCAUGCGCCGCCCCACGCCAUGGGCCCGCACGUACCGCCGCACGCGCCGCAUCCCCAUGCGCCACAACACGCUCCACCCCACGCUCCGCCCCACGCCCCGCCCCACGCGCCGCAACAUGCGCCGCCCCAUGCGCCGCCGCACGCCCCACCGCAUGUCCCACCGCACGCGCCGCAGCAUCAUGCGUAAGCACGCAACUCGUAUACGUGCGUGGCGUACAGGACGCAAGCGCGGACAAGCUAAGUAAUAUAAUUAAUAAUUAUAUACAUUUUUAUGAAGAAUUUACAAUAUUUGGCCGCAAAACCAUGCGUAAGCACGCAACUUGUGCAACAGCUUACAGUAAUAUAAUUAUAUACGUUUAUAAUAGAAAUUUAAAUAACAUUGUAUUUUUAAGUUAAAAUUCAUAUAUAUUUUUUCUGGUAAAAUAGAGAAACAUCUGAAUCUUAUUAGACGUUUUAUUUUACUUAAGCAAAUGUGUACAAACACUGACGUAGCUAAAAGCUACCUUAUGUCUGAAAUUACACUUAAAAACCUCUGUAUUUAUGCAUUUCCAAUAAAAAUAGUAUUAAUUAAAAUUGAUGUUAUUAGGGUAAAACUUAACAUAUAAGAUUGUAAUGAAUGUUAGUUCUUGUCCUUUUUUGUCUGAUCAUAUUUUAUGAUUCUCAAUUAUUUACAACGGUAAGUUUAAUGAUAGUGUA